GGAGGCGGAGGAGGCGGCGGAGGAGGCGGCGGCGGCAGGGGGUGUGGACGAAGGGGAAGCCAUCCCGCCGGGACGUCGCCGCUGGGACCGCCGGGGCUUGGAGCUGGCGGCCCCCGCCGCCCACCCGUAACCUUCAGGGGGGCCGGGAGAUGUCGAACCCCGGGACCCGCAGGAACGGCUCCAGCAUUAAGAUCCGGCUGACAGUGCUGUGUGCCAAGAAUCUUGCAAAGAAAGACUUCUUCAGACUCCCUGAUCCCUUUGCUAAAAUAGUGGUAGAUGGAUCUGGUCAGUGCCACUCAACUGACACUGUGAAAAAUACAUUGGACCCGAAGUGGAACCAACAUUAUGACCUGUAUGUUGGAAAAACCGAUUCUAUAACCAUCAGUGUUUGGAAUCACAAGAAAAUCCACAAGAAACAGGGAGCUGGCUUCCUGGGGUGUGUUCGGCUCCUCUCCAAUGCCAUCAGCAGAUUAAAAGAUACUGGCUACCAGCGUUUGGACCUAUGCAAACUAAACCCCACAGAUACAGAUGCAGUGCGUGGCCAAAUAGUGGUCAGUUUACAGACCCGGGACAGAAUAGGCACCGGAGGUUCUGUCGUAGACUGCAGAGGACUAUUAGAAAAUGAAGGAACGGUUUAUGAAGACUCAGGUCCCGGCAGGCCACUUAGCUGUUUUAUGGAGGAACCUGCACCAUACACAGAUAGCACCGGGGCAGCCGGAGGAGGGAACUGUAGGUUUGUGGAAUCCCCGAGUCAGGAUCAAAGACUGCAGGCUCAACGACUUCGAAAUCCUGAGAUCCGAGGUCACAUCCAGACACCUCAAAAUAGACCACAUGGCCACCAAUCACCUGACCUGCCUGAAGGCUAUGAACAGAGAACAACGGUACAGGGACAGGUUUACUUUUUGCACACACAGACUGGAGUUAGCACGUGGCAUGACCCCAGGAUACCAAGAGACCUUAACAGUGUGAAUUGUGAUGAACUUGGUCCUCUCCCACCAGGAUGGGAAGUCAGAAGUACCGUUUCCGGGAGGAUAUAUUUUGUAGAUCACAAUAACAGAACCACCCAAUUCACCGAUCCGAGGUUACAUCACAUCAUGAAUCACCAAUGCCAACUAAAGGAACCCAGCCAGACUCUGCCAGUGCCGAAUGAAGGGUCGUUAGAAGACGAAGAGCUUCCUGCCCAGCGUUACGAGAGAGAUUUAGUGCAGAAACUAAAAGUCCUUAGACAUGAACUUUCUCUUCAGCAACCCCAAGCAGGGCAUUGCCGCAUUGAAGUAUCCAGAGAAGAGAUAUUUGAGGAGUCUUACCGUCAGAUCAUGAAGAUGAGACCAAAAGACUUGAAGAAGCGCCUAAUGGUAAAGUUCCGUGGAGAAGAAGGCUUGGACUAUGGUGGAGUGGCGAGGGAGUGGCUUUAUUUGCUGUGCCAUGAAAUGUUGAAUCCGUAUUAUGGACUUUUCCAGUAUUCUACGGACAAUAUAUACACGCUGCAAAUCAAUCCAGACUCGUCAAUCAAUCCUGAUCACUUGUCAUAUUUUCACUUUGUUGGUCGGAUAAUGGGUUUGGCUGUGUUCCACGGACACUACAUCAACGGGGGUUUCACGGUUCCCUUCUACAAACAGCUGCUGGGCAAACCCAUUCAGCUGUCGGAUUUGGAAUCUGUUGACCCAGAACUGCACAAGAGUUUAGUGUGGAUUUUAGAAAAUGACAUAACACCUGUGCUGGAUCAUACUUUCUGUGUAGAGCACAAUGCUUUUGGGCGGAUUCUUCAGCAUGAGCUCAAACCAAAUGGUAGAAAUGUUCCCGUGACGGAAGAGAACAAGAAAGAAUAUGUCCGGUUAUAUGUGAAUUGGAGGUUUAUGAGAGGAAUUGAAGCGCAGUUCUUGGCCCUUCAGAAAGGAUUUAAUGAGCUGAUCCCUCAACACUUACUAAAGCCUUUUGAUCAGAAGGAGCUGGAGCUUAUAAUAGGAGGCCUGGAUAAAAUAGACCUGAACGACUGGAAGUCCAACACCCGCCUAAAGCACUGCACGGCCGACAGCAAUAUCGUAAAGUGGUUCUGGCAAGCGGUGGAGACGUUCGACGAAGAAAGAAGGGCCAGGCUGCUGCAGUUCGUCACUGGGUCUACCCGAGUUCCCCUCCAAGGCUUCAAGGCAUUGCAAGGUUCUACAGGCGCUGCAGGACCCAGGCUGUUUACUAUCCAUCUGAUAGAUGCGAACACAGACAACCUUCCGAAGGCCCACACCUGCUUUAAUCGGAUCGACAUUCCGCCUUACGAGUCCUACGAGAAGCUCUAUGAGAAGCUGCUGACCGCCGUGGAAGAGACUUGUGGCUUUGCCGUGGAGUGAAGAGGCAAUGGAAGGAAAUGGAAUCUCACUCAUGGACCAGAUCAAAAGCUCAAAGCUUUCUGUGAGCCUCCUGCCAAGCUGUCUGAGGCAUCGGAACACUAGACAACUUAGGGGGAAGGGGUUGUUUCCCCUCCUUUUUUGGGGGGACUUUUUUGGUGGCUCCCACCCACGCUUUCCUCCUUUAUUACGAUAGACCCUUUCACCUCCUUUCCAUCACCCAUCCAGAUACAACGCAGCCAAGUUCAGCAUUUGGCUUUGGUUACACAGGAUAUUCUGCUAGACUUGUAACACAUAUUGUGAUAGGGUCGAUGACCUGUGGUCUUUUAUAGGAGUAUCAACCCACGGUUAAGAAACUGAGCUUGGCUUCCUGAGGACUUGCGGCGGGCAGGUACCCCUGGCCGUCCCGUCUCGCAGCAAAGCUGAGCCCCUUGUCAAGUUUCGCAGCCGGCCAAUCUGCGUUUCCCAAUUGCACACCUGAGCGACCUGUUACAAGGUAACCGAUGAAUUUCUAACAGAAAACAAAACCCUCUAGCGUACGCACAUUUGAGUGGACGGCAAGUUCUGCCGUAGCAGGAAGCUCUGGAUUUGAAACAGACAGACAAGUGGUUCACCUUUGGAAAGAUGAAGGAAUCCGGGACGGCUUUAACCGUAGGCGUGAGGGAUUUCUUUGGGGCGUCCUGACUGAAACUUUGUUUUGCACACGGGGACGGUUUCAUUUCUCCCGCGGAAUCCCUUGUCCCCCCCUGCCCGCCCCGCUGGAGAUACUUUCCGAUAAAAGCGCCACUCUGGUGCCUGCCGGGGCAGUGAAAUGGACAGAACUCGGGGUCAGAUCCAAAUGACCAGUCCCAAAGCUGUGAUUUUUCUGUGCCACUGUUUUACCUGAUAUCAGAGCAGCCCUCCUGAGGCUUGAAACUCUUAACGGAUUUUUCUUUUUACGAGGAAAUUGCUAAAAGCUAAACUAACGGAACAAAGUUCUUUUUUUUUUUUUUUAAGCAUCGUUGGUGUGAUGAAAGACAUCUUUAAGGGAGAGAGGAAAGGAUAACCAGAGGGACCAAGUCUCAAUGUUUUGGGGAAAAUAGUGCAAGGAUUUUAACGGUUUUUGUCAUCAGAGGGGAGAUGAUUCCACGAUGCUACAUGCAGCGGGUUUUCUAAUGCCCAAAGCCAACGUUAAACGGCAGGACUUGGCCCAUUGCUGAAGUGGCUGCCCGCAGCGAGGGAGACCCAAGCAAGGCCCGCCCUAAGGUCACUACCACCUCUCCUAACUUGCACAAGAUUAAGGCCGUAUUUAGCCAAGCGGCGUGGCUUCAGAAAGACCAAGUCAGCCAUCAGGUGGCCAGCAAAGUUUCAGUACAGUUAUAGGGUAUUUGUUUUCUUUCUUGGCAAGUCCGGGAUUAUUCACUAACAAGGCAUUUAGCAGCUGUGGAGUUUCUGGCUAGAGCUUUGGAAUUCAGCCAUUGUCUGAGAUGCAUUAGGAAACACCUUUUGGAAUAUCAGUUUUGUCUCUGUUAAAGUCACUCAACUUUCUCUCUCUCAAACAUACACACACAGACUCACAAUCCCACACACACAGAGAUAUCGAUAAUAGCUUUAAGCUGGGAUAGUACAGUUCCCCAGUUGAUUGGACAGUUAUCCCCUCUUCCCAAACUUGGGGUGUUUUCCCCCUUGUCUUUCUCCCCGAGAGUUCUUCUGGUUCGAUCACGGGAAGUGGGAAGAAUCCCCUCAUGCUAUGAAAUUGUACCUUUCUGUGAGAUUUGCACAGUUUGGCUGAAGUUUGCGGAACGGGAUUGGGUAAGUCGGCUUCUUCAGACGGUUGUAGCAGCGGAGCCGCAUUCCGGGACAAGUGGGGUCCUGUGGAUGUCGGAGGGGCAGGCGGCGUGCUGGGACUGCUAGCGGGGGGAAUCAA